AUGAUCAAGCUGUUCUCCGUCAAGGCGAAACAAGAGAAGGAGGCGGCCGAACGCGAGGCGAACGGAGGCACGACGUCGAGACAGAGCAGCGGGGAGGUUCGCGUGGCGAAAGACAUAUCGGAGCUCGCGCUUCCGCGGACGAUGUCGAUAGCGUUCCCGAAUGGGAAGGAUGAUUUGUUGAACUUUGUCAUCGCGAUUAAACCCGAUGAGGGGUACUAUCGCGGUGGGACGUUUGAGUUUUCGUUCGCGGUGCCGACGAUGUAUCCGCACGAACCGCCGAAGGUGCGAUGCGAGCGCAAGGUGUAUCACCCGAACAUUGACUUGGACGGGAACGUGUGCUUGAACAUUUUGAGAGAGGAUUGGAAACCGGUGUUGUCGAUCUCGAGCGUCAUCUUCGGGUUGUCUCUGCUGUUCAGCGAGCCGAAUCCGGACGAUCCUCUGAACAAGGAGGCGGCGGAGGAUUUGGCGCGCACGCCUCAGAAUUUCGCGAUGAACGUCCGGCGCGCGAUGCAGGGCGGGUACGUGGGCCAGCACCGAUUCUCAUCGUGCCUGCGAUGA